UAAGGGACUCGCACUUACCUACCUGUAGUUAACCCGUUGAACGAUAUAGUCUAGACUAUUUUUUUUCUCUCCUGUCAUGCCCUCUGCGCCGACAUCGUGAAUUAACCACCUCCCACCUCCCCUUUCCCCCGACUCGCCCUCGAUCGAUUCAGCCAUGGCGCCCGAGGAUGGCAGCCCGGGAGGCAAGAGGAAGUUCGCCAAUGGUGGCAGUAAGGACCACUUAAACAAGAAGCCGAAAUACGACCAGCCGCUUCGGCGGGGGGACAAAGCAGAGAAUAGUUACAACAAGGGCGAAUCCGGCAGAUUCUGGGACCGAAAGAACAGCAGUGCUUCCCUGAGGGAGGCGAAGUCGCAAAAGAAUGACAACCUACCCAACCGGUCGAAAUCCGAUGACAAGCAGGCCGGGAAGGUCUUCGAGAGAGGCCAAAACUCCCAGGAAUCCCACAUGAUACAGAAACAGCUCGCCCAGGAGCGCAAAUCUCAGAAGCCCCUGGCCGACGAGCUGCAUAAGGCCAAGAAGCUUUGGGAGAGGUUAAGGCGCAGGUCCCACGUGCCCAAGGAGGAGCGCGAGAAGCUGGUGAGGGAGCUCUUCGAGAUCGCCACUGGUCGCAUGAAGGAAUUCGCCCUCAAGCACGACGCCGUCCGCGUCGUCCAGACCGCCAUCAAGUACUCCACCCCCGAGCAGCGCAAGAUGAUCGCGAGGGAGCUAAGGGGCGCGUACCCCACAUUAGCUGAGAGCAAAUACGCAAAAUUCCUCAUCGGAAAGCUCCUCGUGAAGGGCGACGACGAGAUCCGAGACAUGGUCGUCCCCGAAUUCUUCGGGAAGGUCCGGAAGCUUAUCAACCACCCCGAGGCUUCUUGGAUCCUCGACGACGUCUACCGCGGCGCCGCCACCAAGGAGCAGAAGGCCAUCCUGUUGCGGGAGUGGUACGGACCCGAAUUUCAUGUUUUCCGACAGGCCCAGGACGGCGCGGCUCCGCCUUCGGCUGACCUCUCCCCGAUCCUCGAGGAACGGCCGAACGGCCGGGGUCCGAUCAUGAAAUAUCUCCGCGACAUGACCAACCAGCUGGUCCAGAAGAAGAUGACGGGCUUCGCCAUGUUGCACGACGCCAUGUACCAGUACUUUCUCAACGCGAAGCCGGGCACCGAGGAGGCCAAGGAGUACAUGGAGAUGAUCAAGGACGACGAGAGCGGUGACCUGCUCAAGAAUAUGGCCUUCACCAGGUCCGGCGCUCGACUCGUGUGUCUACUCCUCGCAUACGGCGGCGCAAAGGACCGGAAGCAGAUCCUUAAAAUGUACAAGGAUACCUUUCCACUGAUGGCAAGCGAUCCCCACGGGCACUUGGUCAUUCUCGCCGCGUACGACCUGGUCGACGAUACUGUCCUCACCUCCAAGUCCAUCAUCACCGAGCUGGUAGGCAAGACAGAGCAAACGGGAGGUUCCAACAUCGUAGCCUGCGCCAACGAUUCCAACGCGCGGCUUACCAUAAGAUAUCCCCUCGAGGGCCCCUCCAAGGCGCUCUUCGAUCUGGGCCACGCAGACGAGCUCAAGUUUCUGGAGGAGAUCUGGGAGAUCCGGAAGACCACGAGCAAGAAGGAGGCUGAAACCCGCCGGAAAGAGCUCGUGGCUGCGUUAUCACCGCCCCUGUUGGCCGCCAUCGCCUCGUCGCCGCUAGACCUGAUCUCUACUUCCUUCGGAUCUCAGAUAGUCGCCGAGGCGCUCCUCUCCUGUGUCGGAGACAAAUCCGAGGCAUUGCAGGCGAUAGCAUCCGCCGCGGACGGGGAUCCCGGUGAAGGCGCCGAGACAGCAGAUCGACCCGAGGAGUCCGCGGAUGGGCCUCCCAUCGGCGUACACAUAUCUAGGACUCCCCACGGCGGUCGUAUGUUCAAAACUUUAAUAGCGGGCGGCCAUUUCGACAAGAAGUCGCGCCAGGUAAUUCCCGUCGACCCUCCUCUCCAUUUCGCAGAUAUCCUUUACCCCGUCAUCAAGGACCACGUCUUGUCCUGGGCGACAGGACCGAGCUCAUUUGUAGUGGUCAGCCUCCUAGAAGCAGAGGACUUCUCCCACCAGGACGAGCUCCGGGGUAUACUAAAUAAGAACGAGAAGAUACUAGAGAAGGCGGCAACGGAGGAGACGGAAGCGCAAAGGGCAGCAGCAGAGGCGGAGGCCAAUGGCCAAGACAAAUCGGCAAAGAAGAGAAAGGGCAAGAAAUCAGAGCCAAAGGGGCGGCCGGUUGGCAAUAUGGGCUCCAAGAUAUUACUAGAGAAGCUGAAGACCUAGCCACCAGCUAGCUAACUACCUAUCUACCUACCUACCUAGGUACCUACCCAUCUGUGCUCCAUUCCAUAGGCUCCACCCCAUAGGCUGUUAAAAUCUACAUUGUCCUUAAGGGCUACUGUUUUGUAUAUAUGUCCAACAGCCAUCGUUUCAGCCAGGGACAGUGGAUAGAUCCUACAUAGGGGUAUUAAGUAUUUCCGAACGCCAUGUUUAGCUUGAUUCGUUUUCUCCUUGAGCAAGUCAAUAGCUGGGAAUGCUGGCGAGGCUGUUUCUGCAUGUUCCCUGUGGGUUAAUACGCCCAACGUGUAUUACAGAUACCAACGCCUGGCAAGUCUAAAUCGGGAUGGGAUGCCUAUGUUAACGGG